AUGGAUUGCAAGCUGAAGAGGCACAGCAGACGUGGCGCGAACGAACGAACGAACAGACAGACAGAAGGGAAGGGAAAAACAUCAGAAGAUCUUAGCACUCCGCAUCAAGCCACAUCGCAAUCAUCAAGAUAUCAAGAUACCAAGAUACCAAGAUAUCAAGAUCUUCUCCGCAGACGACUCGAGAUCGACAACACCGUCCGCAGUCACGAGACAAGGCCGUUCCUAGGCCGUUCCUGGGGCCUGAAGGUGUGUGUCAGCGUCAUGAUUCCUACCGUUCCCGUCGCGCCCCAGUACCAUACCGAUACGUACUGCAUCCGGCACAUUCAGUCAGCCCCAGCCAAUGGCCGCAAGCUCCCACGCACCCCCCAGCGGCGUACCGUACGCGUAAAUACCUGA